AUAUCACUUUGCUUCCCCUCCCUGUGUUGUUGGUCUUUGCCAGUACAUUUAUGUACUACUGACUCAGGUGUAUGUGUGUGAUUGUGAUCGAGUGACUCCACAGCAUUUGUUUGUCUGUCUGCUACCUGCUCUCUGUUUGUUUGUUUGUUUGUGUGUGUUUAUGUGUAGUAUGCGGAGAACAUUUGUGUUGUUAUGUGUGUGUGUGAGUUUGUCCCUCUUCCACCAUACAAAGUCUCAAUCGCCUCCUGAAGGUGACAGCCUCAUGGAGUGCACAGAUGGUUAUGAGUGGGAUGUUGAGAGUCAGCAUUGUAAAGAUAUCAAUGAGUGUCAGACCAUUGUGGAGGCCUGCCAGGGGGAGAUGAAGUGUUUUAACCACUAUGGUGGUUACCUGUGUCUCCCACGCUCUGCCUCUGUCAUCACCGCCCCUGAACCAUCCAGCCAAUCAGUGGCCAUCCUGCCAAUGGAGUCCAUCGAGGCCUUCAGCCCCUGUCCUGUAGGCUACGAUGCCCAAGGGGAGGGCUGUGUAGACAUGGACGAGUGUGUACUCGAUCUUCAUGACUGCCAGCCCAGCCAGCAGUGCGUUAACACUGUGGGCACCUACAGCUGCCAGUGUCCAGAUGGAUACAGUAAAAUUGGUAUUGAGUGUGUGGACAUUGAUGAGUGUAGAUACAGGUACUGUCAGCAUCGCUGUGUAAACGUACCUGGCUCUUUCUCCUGUGAGUGUGAGCCUGGGUUUCAGUUGGCUGGAAACAACCAUUCAUGUGUGGAUGUGAACGAGUGUGAGAUGGGCGCCCCCUGUCAGCAGAAAUGUUACAACACGUAUGGCACCUUUCUCUGUCGCUGUGAACCGGGCUACGAGCUGGGACCAGACGGACACUCAUGCAAUGAUGUAGACGAGUGCAGCUACUCCAGUUACAUGUGCCAGUUCCAGUGUGUUAACGAUCCAGGGAGGUUCUCCUGUAUCUGUCCAGAGGGGUACCAGCUACAGGGCACCAGACUCUGCCAAGAUGUGAAUGAGUGUGAAACAGACAAAGACCAGUGUGGAGAGGGCCAGACCUGUAUUAACAUCCAUGGGGGUUAUCAGUGCACCGAUUCCAACCUCUGUCGAGAGCCCUAUGUGCUGACAAGAGCCCUAUUGUCUGACAACCGCUGUGUUUGCCCGGUCAUCAAGCCUGAGUGUCGUGACCUCCCCUUCUCCAUCGUCCACCGUUACAUGAGCAUCACCUCAGAGCGCUCUGUCCCCUCAGACAUCUUCCAGAUCCAGGCCACCCGCGUCUACCCUGGAGUCUACAACACCUUCCGCAUCCGCUCUGGGGACCACAAUGGGGAAUUCUACAUACGGCAAAUGAACAACAUCAGUGCUGUGCUGGUCCUGGCCCGUGCUGUGACCGGUCCAAUAGAGUACACCCUGGAUCUGGAGAUGGUGUCUGUCAACCCCCUCAUCAGCUACCAGACCAGCUCUGCCCUACGACUGUCUGUCUUUGUAGGACCUUACACCUUCUGAGGAGAGAGAUGGAGUAAUGAGAGAGAGAGUGGGAGAGAAAUGAGAAGAGGAAAACUGUUAAGGACAGGAGACAGAAACAUUCCUCAGACUCAUUACUGCUAUACUACUAUGUAUCUUUAAAACAACUGCCCGGGGAAAAGCUAGUUGUAAAACCAUUCUUCCAUAAUUCUGUGAGUCACCACACACACAUCCUCACACACAUGCACACACACCAGUGGUGGCUGGUGUCACUUUAAAUGGGAGGACAGGCUCAUUAUAAUGGCUGGAAUUGAAUAAAUGGAACUGAGUCAAACUUGUUUUUGAUACUGUUCCAUUUAUUCCAUUCCAGACAUUAUUCCCUCCCUUUACCAGACUCCUCUGACACACACACAAGGACACACGCAUGGCACACUGGGACAGGGUGCAUAUGGCUGGCACACUGGGACAGGGUGCAUAUGGCUGGCACACUGGGACAGGGUGCAUAUGGCUGGCACACUGGGACAGGGUGCAUAUGGCUGGCACACUGGGACAGGGUGCAUAUGGCUGGCACACUGGGACAGGGUGCAUAUGGCUGGCACACUGGGACAGGGUGCAUAUGGCUGGCACACGGGGACAUCACAAUAGUUUAAGACAGUUCAAUCAGUAAUAUUCCCAGACAGUUAUAUUAACAGAUUAACCUAUCACCUUGUGUUCACCAUAGUUGGUAUCUAGCCUCUUCACCAUAUUUUCAAUAGUCUGUUGCUGCACAGAAGACUAGCUAAGUUAUAUAGAGGGACAUUAUCUUGUUACCAAGGAAAUGGAUAAAAACAUCCAUUCAAGGCUACCAUUUCAACCCAUGUUAUACUGUUCUCUUUCUCUCCAUCAAGGAUGUCGUUUUUUCUUUUUUUACAUCUUACGGUUGUUUUGACAUGUUACUAAAAUUAAAAGAAAUGAAACCAA